AUGGCCACCCAAGCGGCCAUGAGCCGGCCGCCAGGAUACCCCCCGAUCUCUAGCUAUCAAACGCCACAAUCCAACUCGCCGGCAUCAAUACACUCGCCUCAAACAGAUGCACAUGGACGACCGCUGUAUGGCAUGCCGCCGAUGGCACAGCAGAUGUACUACCCUCAGACCUACCAGAUGCAGCAGUCACCAUACGCCCAACACGCGCCCAGCUCACACCACCCAUCCAUCACUUCCGCGCCGGGACCGCUUAUGCCGUACCAGUCGUCUGUACAACAACAGCCGCAACACCAGAGUCAGCAGCAGCCAGGCAAUCUCGACACCAAACCCAGCCUAUCGUCACUCCAACGACCGCCUUCAGUCAUAGCGCCUCCACACGGGACUCCGCAGACUCCAUCGGGAUCGCAAGCGCCAGGUGUACCCAACUCUGCAACUGGACCAAACCCCAGCGCAGCACCCGGUCCAAUCCCGGCCACCACGCCUCUCGUCGUUCGCCAGGACAACAACGGCGUGCAAUGGAUCGCGUUUGAGUACUCUCGCGAUCGCGUGAAGAUGGAGUACACGAUCCGCUGCGACGUGGAGUCUGUGAACACUGAAGAGUUGAGCGCAGAGUUCAAAUCCGCAAACUGCGUGUACCCGAGGGCGUGCAGUGGGAAGGACCAGUACAAGGGUAACCGCCUUCAGUACGAAACCGAAUGCAACGCGGUCGGGUGGGCUCUGGCGCAGCUGAACCCGCCCUUGCGGGAAAAGCGUGGCCUCAUCCAGCGCGCCGUCGACAGCUGGCGGAACAGCAACCAAGACGUCAAGUUACGGAGUCGGAGGGUACGGCGGAUGGCGAAGAUGCACACAAGAAAGACGAACGUGAACAUGGUCCCGGGCGCUGCGGGUCAGCCGCCUGGUCCUCAAGGCCCGCCGAGCGCUGGUGCGCAGACUUCUCAAGCAAGACCCCCUGAUUUUGCUGCUGGUGGCAUGAUGCCGCAACACCACCAUCACGUCGACCCGAAUCAGACGGUCGGCGGCGGUGGUGGUGUUCACAGCAUGUACCACAUCUGA